UAGGACACUUCCCCCUAAAACUCUCGAGAUGCUGCAGCUGCUGACGUUCCUGGUGGAGAAGCUCUCUCUCCUCUCCAUCUUCAAACACUUUGAGUCCAGCUGCGCGGACGCCGGUGAGGACCGCGAGCGGCACGUGGCGCGCGGCCCCCCGCCCCCGCCGCCGCCGCCCCUCCGCAGGGGAGACCUGCUGGAGGUCCACAGGACCGUGUUCACCCACUACGGCAUCUAUUUAGGAGACAACAAAGUCGCCCACCUGAUCCCCGACAUCCUGCCCGUGUUCUCGAAAGACAAGGAGCUCAUCGGGUCCGUGAUUUCCAACAAGAGGCUCAUCCUGGGCUGCAUCUACAGGUGCGCCACGGUGCGCGUGGACACGCUGGAGGACUUCGCGUACGGCGCCCGCGUCCUGAUCAACCACAUGGACACGGCGAUGCGGAGUAAAGCGCUCCCCAACGAGGACGUGGCCCAGAGGGCGGAACGACUCGUCGGGGCCGUGCAAUACAGUCUGCUGUGGUACAACUGUGAGCACUUUGUGACGGGCUGCAGGUACGGGUCUGCAGAGAGCCGGCAAACCGACAAGUUCUGCGAGGGCGUGAAAUCCGUCAUCAGAGACCAGCGCAGCGUGAUCUUCACCAGCCUCCUGGGAAUCAUCUCCAUCGGCUGCUUCGGCAUGGCACCGUCAACUACGUUACCCACAGUUCUUAUCCCCUUCGCUCUGUGGAUGGCCGGUUGAAGGAGUUCAGCACUGAUAACCUGCACCUGAACUUUUAUUUGGCGUGGGCGGAGCUGAACCGGUCUGCUCGGUGCCCUCGGGGCCUCAUGAGUCUGCGUAGACAAUGUUUAAUGUUGUGAUAUAUGCAUUAAUAGUUACUUAUAUCUGCUCUCUCAUAAAAGUGUGGUGAAAUGCAUAAUAUUUUUGAUAUGAGAAUAUAGUUUGUGAUCCAUUUUUGCUAACAUUUGAGUCGCCACUAAAAUGAAUAUACUGUACAGUGGUGCUUUGACUACAGCAAUAUCUUAAUGUAUAUACAGUAUGAUUGGAAUUUUAUAGUCAUGUUCUUAAUAUAAUGUAAAUAUGACACGUGUUUUAUAAAAACAAUUUAUUUUUA